GACUGCGAUGCGGUCCGCAUUUUCGUCGUCGCUGUCGUCGCCGAACAUACUGUGGAAGAGUAACCCGGUCGGCGGUGUAUCGCGUUCCGACCCGGCAGACUUGUUCUCCAGCGGCAUCGCCCGGGCGGCCUGAAGGGCCGCCGUACCGCGGAGACUGACGUCGUUGGUCGUCGACUAUCGCCUCGACGACCCGUCGGUCGGGCGUCCUCGGGGUGGCGCCGCGUGUCUGGUUGUAGUGUUGACCGCGGGAACCCCCCUACUCUGACCGGGUUUUGACCCCGGACGGAGAUCGGACGCCGGGUGUAAGAGUGCAGGGGAGUCGUUUAGUGGGUGUGCCCUAAAUUCCUUGGGCCCGCGGUCUGCUCUCAACACCUGCAGAUCGUUGAGUCUCACAUACCCCGCGCGCCCCCUAGGCGCGGGGACCUCGUAGGAGGUUCGGCCCUAGGCCAGGAAAAAAAAAAAAAAAAAGAGUCGAGUUAAGCUCAUGUGAACGACUAAAGAUACAGGUGUCAGAGCUUAUAUUCAGAACUAGUUAAGAGCGAACCGUCUUUGGUUGCUGUAGAUACUGCCUUGAAUUUUGACAUAACUACGGUUGAUCUGACUGGUAGUGAUGUAGAGACAACAGAGCGCUACCAGUUAGUUUUAAGUAAAAAUAAACUAAGGAAAUAUGUUAAAAUUAAUAAAUUAACAUUUAAGACUCAACGUAAAUUGAGGAAUCACAAGUCUCAGGAUUACAUCAAGUUCAUUUGCAGUCUUCUUGAGUUUCUCUAGUCUGUAUUCUCUAGAAGACAAAAUUAAAAUUAAAAGUUUUAGUGAUGAACUGGGGAAACACAUUGGUGUGGCAUUACAUGACCUGUGUUUGGAACAUGUGAUUAAUUACUGUAUGCCAGGUGCUAAUCCAGCACAAAUAUUUGAUAAAAUUUUAAAUACCACACAUUGCCUAAACUCAGUCAUAAUAAUUAUGUUAAAGAGGAGAGAAAACGUUGACAAAAACAAAUUUUACAUUAUGUUGAACAAGUUAAUACGUUAAAUAUAAAAAAAAAACAUUAUAAAAGAUCAUCAUUAUAUCAUUGUAAAAGAUACAACACACAUAACCAAUCACUCACACCGACACAAUGAAUUGCAACACAUAACAACUACAUAUACACCACACACUACACCGUCACACGAUCAGAAGUUACACCGUAUUCUUCAAAAAAUGAUUGCUUGCAAUUACAGAUACAAGGACAAAUAUAUCAUUUGCAUGGUUCAAUGGUGCCAACACCAGAUGAACCGCAUCAAUUUCUGCAAAUAUAUUUCAUUUCGUCGAUGGUAAAUCAGCUGAAUGUGCGGUGCAAUGUACAGGGAACACAACAGUAAAAGAGACGAAUUAUUGAACAGUUGCAAGCAUUUUUUCACGCUAAUAAUGCUGUGGUUAAAAUGUUCAAAACAGCAUUGGAACGAAUGCCAUCGGAUACGCACAAAUUUGUCAUAAGAGCGGAUUGUACCCCAACAGGUGAACAUGUGCGAAGAUUCAAUGCACCCACCGUUAAUGAUGUUGCUGCAAUUAUUGUUGGCGAUCCAACUAAAUCGCGAGACAUUGUCGUUCAGCGAAGAAGCAAUAUCAUGCAUCGUGUAAACGAGACACAUCGUUUCUACAAUGCGUUACAAUAUCCAAUCAUUUAUUGGCAAGGGCAAGACGGAUAUGACAUCUCGUUGAAGAUGGUCGAUCCAAUUACAGGCGUAUCAACGAAUAAAAAUCUAAGCGCAAUGAAUUACUAUGCGUAUCGUAUGAUGAUUCGUACACAUGAGGAAAAUGUCAUUCUGAAGUGCCGUCGGCUAUUCCAGCAAUUCGCUGUCGACAUGUAUGUCAAAGUCGAGACCGAACGUUUAGCGUUCAUCCGAUUCAAUCAGGCAAAACUACGAUCUGAGGACUAUAUACACUUGCGUGAUGCUAUUCAUUCAGAUGGUGAUGUUCAGAAUAUUGGACGUCUGACGAUUCUCCCAUCAUCUUAUAUCGGAAGCCCACGCCACAUGCACGAAUACGCUCAAGACGCUAUGACUUACGUGCGAAAUUAUGGAACUUCGGAUUUAUUUAUUACGUUCACAUGCAAUCCGAAGUGGACGAAAAUUGAACGUGAGUUGGAACCGGGCCAAAAACCGCAAGAUCGCCAUGACAUAAUCGCCAGAGUAUUUCAGCAAAAACUCAAGGUUAUGAUGGAUGUGCUUACUAAGUAUCGAGUUUUUGGUGACACACGUUGUUAUAAGUACUCGGUGGAAUGGCAGAAGCGUGGACUACCGCAUGCUCAUAUACUAAUUUGGUUGCUGAAAAAAUUAUAUUCAAAUGAAGUGGAUGACAUCAUAUCAGCUGAAAUUCCUGAUCCAGUCACUGAUCCCCAUCUACACGACAUUUUGACGACACAGAUGAUGCAUGGACCGUGCGGUGCAUUAAAUCCAUUAUCGCCUUGCAUGGCUGAUGGAAAGUGCACAAAACGAUAUCCGCGACCGUCAGUUGAUGAAACAGUCACAGGGAACGAUGGAUAUCCAGUUUAUCGUCGGCGUUCAAAAUAAGAUAAUGGUCGAACUAUCAAAGUUAAAGUUCAAAAUCAAGAGAUUGAGAUCGGAAAUGAAUUUAUUGUACCAUGUUGCCCGCUGCUAUCACGAAUUUUCGAAACACAUGCAAACGUUGAGAGUUGUCAUUCGGCCAAAUCAAUCAAAUAUUUGUGCAAGUACGUCACAAAAGGCGGCGACAUGGCUGUGUUUGGUAUUGCGUCGGAAAAUGCGAAUGACGAAAUCAGCAACACAUUUGUCAUUUCAUUGAUUUUGGCCAAUAUUCGAUCAAGAUGAGACAUAGCUUUGGCGUUGGCAUCAUCUGGAAUUGCGGCGACUCUUCUAGAUGACGGUCGUACUGCACAUUCUGCGCUUAAGUUGCCACUCAAUUUAAACACAAUUGAUACUCGAACAUGCAAUAUUUCCCGAUCCAGUGCAGUGGGAAAAUUGUUGAUGCAAUGCAAGCUCAUUGUUUGGGAUGAGCACAAUGGCACAUAAGAAAUCACUUGAAGCACUUAACUUCACACUGAAGGAUCUUCGGCGAAAUAACAACAUCUUUGGCGGCUUGAUGAUAUUGUUGGCAGGCGGUUUCAGGCAGACGUUGCCAGUAAUUCCCCGUGGAACGCCUGCAGAUAAAUUGAAUGCUUGUCUGAAGGCAUCACCUUUAUGGAAUAACGUAAAAACAUUAUCGCUACCCACUAAUAUGAGCUUUCAACUUCAAAAUGAUCAAAGUGCUGCACGAUUUUCCAAACAAUUGUUAGCUGUUGGAAAUGGAAAAGUUCCAGUUGAUGCGACAUCUGGAUUAAUUACUCUUACCAACGACUUUUGCCGAUUUGUAGACUCUCAAUUAGCUCUUAUUGAAAAUGUUUUCCCAAACAUUAGUGAGAAUUACCAGAAUUAUGCUUAGUUAAGUCAACGAGUAAUUCUUGCCGCAAAGAAUAAUGAUGUACACGCACUGAAUUUCACCAUUCAAUCAAAAAUUGCUGGCGAUUUGGUGACAUACAAAUCCGUUGAUUCCAUAACAAAUCCCGAUGAUGUUGUAAAUUAUCCAACGGAGUUUUUGAACUCUCUGGAGUUACCAGGAUUUCCACCACAUAACUUGCAACUCAAAGUUGGUACAGUUAUUAUGAUAUUGCGUAAUUUGAAUCCACCGCGACUUUGCAACGGUACUCGACUUUUGGUAAAAAGACUUAUGCCGAAUUUGAUUGAGGCAACCAUUAUUAACGGAAAGUACGCAGGUGAAAAUGUAUGUAUUCCUCGAAUACCAAUGAUUCCGACUGAUCUUCCGUUUGACUUCAAACGAUUGCAAUUUCCAGUACGCCUUGCGUUCGCAAUGACAAUUAACAAGUCGCAAGGCCAAUCGCUUAGUGUUUGCGGGAUAAAUUUAGAAAAUCAUUGUUUUUCACAUGGGCAGUUAUACGUUGCGUGUUCACGAGUUGGGAAACCAUCCGCUUUGUUUGUGUUAAUGUCAGACCAAAAAACAAAAAAUGUUGUUUACCAAAGAGCACUUCAAUGAAACGGAUAAUUUGCGGACACGUAUAACGCUUCGAUUGAGUAUUUACUUUGGAUUCACUUUCAUUUACUUAGAGAAGUUCAACUAAAUAACACUUCAUUUUUGUGAUCGAAAUGAAUUCAUUACUGUUGUGAAAUGAAAUAAAAUUUUUCCUUUUCAAAUAUAAAACAAACAAAAAAAAUUCUUCAUAUUUAAUCACCAAACGAAAUGUUACAUAAAACGAAGCCAUCUGGUGCCGAAACGGAGUUCACCGGGUUUGCUAGUUAUUGAAUAGUAAGAAAACUAAAUGUAUUAAAUUUACUUUAAAAUGUUUUAAAUCAUCUUUAAAUGUGAGAUGAGUAGAUCAGUAGUCAACGCACAAUGUAUCAAACUGAAAAGUUAUGAUAAGGUAAGUAAAUAAAAUAAAUAAAUAUUGUGGCAGUCGAUUUCUCGCCUUGCACAAGAACUCCUUUCACAGUCUUCAACUUGACGAAUUUUGCAUUAGGAUUAAGGCACACCCGUACAAGAUCCAACUGACCCAGGAGCUCAAAGUGAAUGACCAUAGACAACGCCGUUUGUUCGCUGAAUGGGCUACAGAACGUUUGGAAGAGGACUCCGAUUUUGGUCGAAAAAUCAUCUUUAGCGAAGAAGCACAUUUUUGGAUGAAUUGUCUUGUUAAUAAGCAAAAUUGCUGUAUAUGGGACGACCACAACCCAUACGAUGUUCAGCAGGUGGUAAUGUAUCCACAAAAAGUUACUGCUUGGUGCGGAUUUUGAUCCAGCGGCGUCAUUGGUCCGUACUUCUUCGAAAACGAUGAUGGCCAGGGCAUUACUGUCAACGGCGAGCGCUACAAAUCAAUGAUUAACAAUUUUUUUGGCCUGAAUUGAACGAUAUGACAGCGCUACGUGCCACACAGCGAGCGACACAAUAGACAUUCUGCAUGAACGGUUCGAGGGUAGGGUUAUCUCUCGCAGAGGUGACGUGAAUUGGCCACCAAGAUCAUGCGAUUUGACCCCGCUAGACUUUUUCUUGUGGGGUUUUCUCAAGUCGCAGGCCUAUGCCAAUAAUCCGCAAUCAACCGAUGCCCUGAAAGUCACCAUAACGCCGGCCAUCACUCAGAUUCAGCCGGAUCUAUGCAGUAGAGUAAAGAGCAAAUUGGACCUCUCGGAUCCGUGCCAUCGUUCGAAGCCGCAGUGGAAAUUUAAACGAUGUCAUAUUUCAUAAAUAAUGGCAUAAAUGGCGCUUUCAAAUAAAAAAAUAAUUUCUUUAAUAAAACACAGCUUGUUUUAUUUAAUUUCAACAUCGACCCGUUCUUGUUGAAAGACCCUUUACUUCUUCUUUUUUGUAAAUACAUAAAUAUUGUACACAAAUUAUAAUGUAAUAGAUUACAAGUUAUAUUUUUUUACAUCUUCUGUAAAAUUAGCAGUUUUUUUAUUUAAUUAUGGAUAACCACCAUCUCGAGGUUCGACGUCAACUGUAACCAAGCCCGUGUAAGCCUUGUUGUAUCCAAUUAUAGCAGUGAUUCAAACUUAAGGGAAAACGAAGGUUCAAGUAAAAACUACCAACAGCUUGCAGGUCCCGAGUUUGAAAAUUCAACCCCAGCAGACAAACGUUCAUCAUCCUGCAGCUCAACUUCAUCCAGUUUCGAUUCUUCGAGCUCAUUUUCUUCAAGCUCUUCCAGCUCUACUUCAUCGAGGUCUUCUGGUGGUCCAACGGCUGACCCAAUCAUUACUUGCAAAACGUUAGAAUGGAAUAUGAGGUAUCUUGCUCCCAUUCCCUAGAUAACAGUCAGAGAUAGCAAAUUCAGUUAAGAGGGCGCCCAAAUGACGAUAGUAUGAGUAACUAUAAUAUUUUUCCAAUAUGCACCGAUCAAAGUAAUGUUGAUCUUAGUGAUGAUGAUGAUCCCACAGUAGAUUUCAAAUCGUUUUUGGUAAGCCUGCUAAUAGAAAAAACUUUUUGAUACAAGAAUCCAAUACAAAUUCAUCUCAGACAGAAAUAGGCAUUGAUUGAUUUUUAUUACACGAUGUUAUUCUUCACUGUGGAAGUCAAUCGUGAACAUUUAAUAAGUACAUAUUUCAUUAGAAAAAUUGGUACUCGCCUGUGGGAAUCGAACAGGGGUGCAUCGCUAGAUACGAAUACACCGGGCGUCUUAUCCUUUAGGCCACGACAACUUCCGGAUCGUAAUUAAGAGGUAUCGUAAACUUUCACGAAAAGUAAAAAUGGCAGCAAAAUAAAUCGAAAAGGCUGAGAAUCCAAGGCGAAUCAUAUGUCUUGAUGUCAGUAGAUUUGUGGCUUCGAAUUAUUGAAUCACCUACCCUACAGCCCAGACUUGGCUCCAGUGACUAUUAUUUAUUUCCAAAAAAAACUAAGAAAGAGCUGGGUGAAAACAAAUUUGACGACAAUGAAGAAGUCAAGUCCGCAAUUUCGACCUAUUUUGACACCAAAGACCAAUCAUUUUUUUGUCGGCAUAAACAAAUUAUUUGCGAGAUCCUAAAAAAUUUUUAAAUAUAAGGGAGAAUAUAUUGAGAAGGAAAAAUAGUUUGGAGCGUAAUCUUAAAUCCCUUCCCUCUCAUUCCGAGAACUUUUUGACCGCCCCUUGUACAUCGUUAAAAAUAUUCCAAUAUAAUAAACAGUUAUAAUUUUUGUUUAUCAGGUAAUUUUCUGCAAAAGAAGAAGUGGUAGCGCAGCGAAGAAGAGAAAGUCAUGACUUCAUUUUGAUUUGUUGCAGUUUUUAAAAGUAACCAAGCAGUCAAGAAACUCGUCUUUAUCUUUCCUGAUCCGACCAACCCCAAGCGUUGGCGGAAGGCCGGAGGCAGCGGAGCCAAACGGUACCAAUACAGAAAAUAACAUCAGCGGCGGCGGUGAGCGUAGUGACUGUAAUAUGUAUUCUCCAUUUAUAAAACCUAACUACAUAAGAAUGUAUCCAGAGAACUACACAAAUACAGAGUUCAAAGUAUUUGUUGAACUUGCGAACAACAAUAAGAAAUGGGAAAUAAAAGUCCAGUAUAUCUGAACCAUCUUUUUUCCACUGGGGUAAAGGGUGUGACGGCUAUUCCAUUGAACGCCAAUAAAAUUGCAGUAAUAUUGAAGCAAUAUAACACAGCCAAUAAUUUUAUCACUAAUACAGCUUUUCUGGAAAAAAAUGGCAUGCGGGCUUACAUUCCAGCAACGCAAAUUGAAAAGACCAGAGUCAUAUGUCAUGUUCCACACAAUUUGUCAAACUAAGAACUAUAUACCGAAUUAUCUUCAAUUUACGAAAUAGUAGCAAUAAGAAGAUUCACAAAAAAAGUUAGUCAAACUACAAACGGUAAGCAUCACUUUUCUGUCCAAUGUUUUACCGGAUGAUAUCCAAUACGAUUUAUUUUCAUUUCGAGUAUUUGAAUACGUACCUCCAUUCCAACAAUGUUUUAAAUGUUUUAAAUUCAAUCACUCUGCCAAAAUCUGUAACAGCAAGCAACGUCUGUUCUGGUGAACACUUGUAUAAGGAUUGUGACAAACCUAAUGAUAUUAGCUGUGGCAAUUGCAGUGGCUCUCAUCUUGCAAUCUAAAAACUAUGAACAAGCAUGUACAUCGACUCCGACAUCACCACCGCCCUCGGCAUCACGACCGCCUCUCGGCAUCACCACCGCCCUUGGCAUCACCACCGCCCCAGACGUCACCUACUGCAUCAACAUUGAACAAACUGAACGUACUCCAACCCCGUUAUCUGUCAGAACUUGGCGUAGUUCCUCUCAGCGUCAUAAGAAUAAAACAAGUGAGAAUGAUGAACUCUUCAAUAAUUAUUUAAAAAUGAAAAUGAGCAAGCAGAAUGUCAAUGAUGAGUCGUCAAAUAAUAACGCUAUCGUGAUGUUUUUGUUAAGUUUGCUGCUUGACUUAAAUUGUCUGACAUCAACACAAAUAAGAUCAUUCAAGAUAGAAUAUAUACUGAAUGUACCUCCCACUUCAUCUACGCCGGCCUUAGUUCAUAUACCAAAUUCUUCAGGUAUAUUAUCUUCGCAGACAUCUUCGUUUGUAGUACCUACCCUAUAUACAACAAGUAAAUCAUACUCGCAGGUAACAACUGGCAUAAAAUUACGUCGUCCCACCACGAUACCUUGCUAUAAAAACGCUCCGUUGUUGUCUCUCGAGCUCAGAAGCGAGCGAGUCGCCGUGUCAGACCGAACGCUCCUGCGUAAUAUAAGCUCUGAGUUCAUUUCUGGUUUUAUUGACUUACGAAGACCGCCCGCUUACCAUGUCGCCUACCCGAAAGUGGAAAAACUCCAACAUAUAUACAAGUGAAGCUAAUAUAAAGCGUGUAAAAAUAGACACUUUAGAUUGUGUCCUGAAAGCGACAUCUAGUCAAUAAUAACAUCAACUUUUACAAAUUUAUACCGAAUUAAAUUCUGUUUCAAAUGUGAACGGUAGAUGACGCUUAAUUAUUUCAGAUUUUAAAAUUGAAAUCUGAAAGCUUUGAAACAUCAAUCCGCAUAAAUGUAAUUUAAAAACUACAGUAAAAGGCUUAAAUAAAAAGCUGAACUUAACUCAGCCUUAAUUAGAAUUUUCUUCGGAAUUCAGUAGUAAAGUUCAAGUUAUUUUGAUGAAAUCGAAACUGAAAUAUUCAUAACAUCUUAAACAUUUUAAUUAUUCUGCUAUAUGCUUAUUUAUAAUUAUUAUUAUAAAACCCGCUUAAUUAGAUAACAAUGCCACCUACAGGCAGCGGCUAAGACAUUAUAUAAUGUAUAAACCGUUCAAUAAGAGCUGCAAACUAUCCCCUUGAAGCUACAGUUUAUGUAGGAAUAAUUCCAGUGCACCCUGGCGGCCGUAAAUGCAAGCUGUGAAAUAUCUUCCUAUCUAUUUCAGGAUUAUCAUGUAUUCUCGAAUUAUUUAGUUUGUGGCAUGUCACUUUUUACAUCGAAAAAAGUCAGGAUCGAAAUUUUUGAGCGUGCUAUAGUUUGUGGUGAUAAAAUUAAUAAUUUCAAGUAGAUUAAUUGUUGUAAUUGAUAUAACUAGUUAAUAUCCGCUUAAUUGCCCCGUAGACUACCAGUCUACAAAAUUCUGCACCUUAUUAUGCCCCGUAGACCACAAGUCUACUAGAUUUAGGACCAUUAAAUUGCCCGUGUGGACUAGUGGUCUACAAGCCCUCUUGACUUGACCUUCCUCUAGUUUUAUGAAUAUUAUCCGUCUUGCUCGUUUAUUAGUGUGUUUAUAUAUAUCUUUCCUGCUUCUUUGAUAAAUUUCCAACCAAAUAAAGCCAAUAGACCGUAUUCCAGUCCUGGAAAAAAUUAUAAAAAAACAAAGUUGAAGUUGUCAUUUGCAAAUGUGUGGUUCGCGUGUGCUGUGAUAUAAGUGUUGUGCCGAAUUGUGAAGAAUUUUAAUACUUACGGUGAGUAUUUUUACUUGAUUUUUUAUUAUUAUCAAGGUAAGUAAACUACUAAACUGUAGAAAUAAAGUUUUCAGCGUGAAACACAAAAUUUGUCCUUUUCUGAACCCGAUAAAGUUGACGGAAUAUUUUGGGCGCGCGCUUCCCGGCUAACGUAAUAGUUUUAUCUUCAAUUUCGAUAUAUUUGGGCUGUUUUAUAAUUCUAAAUACUAUCAAAAUGAUUAUUUACGUUAUGACCAUGUAAAUUCUAGCCGGGACGAUACAAUUAGAAGCAAUUUGAGUCAGAAACUUUAAAAUCCGACUGACAAGUGUUCAUGGUGCAGUUAAGGCUAGGAGCACACCGAGAGAUCGUGUGAUCCGGAAUCCGGUAGAUAUAUUUUUCUAAGCGAUUGUGUUACUUGUGUUACUUUGGCUUAUGAAAAUGCUUCUGAAUGUUUUUUUAUUUAUCUUGGUUCAUGAUGCAGUUAAGGUUAGGUGCAGACGGAGUAAUCGCGCGUUCCGGACUGGAUUUUUUUCUGUACGCUUGUCCGAAAUUAAUUAUAUUAUUAAAUUUUACUGCUUGUGAAUGUGAAAUGCUUGCUGCUGGUUUUUAUUUUUUCUCUUCUAUUUGUUUUUGGCUGCUUAUUGCAUGUGACGCAGAAAUUGUAAGCCAAAGUGGUCAGGGUGCCAUGAGACCACGUCGGGGCUUGGGAGCGGCGAGAGGACGUGGAGCUGCUCGAGGUGGUGGUCAGAGGGGCGUCAGGGGCGGUAGGGGUGGCCGUAGGCCACGCUGUGCCCGGUCUUUGCCUUUUUCACAUCUUGGAGAUGAAAGCGUGGAAGUGGAAACUUCUCCAGGCCCAUCUGGAAUUCCACAACGGCCUUCAUUGACAGAGCAAUUGAAAGUCGCCAAGGUGGCGAGGCUUUUGGAUAAAAAGCAUGAGAAUUUGCUGUCUGCGGACCAAAAAAAGGAGCUGGCCAGGCUGCGCGAUGGCAAGCAAGUGGGCAAUUUUAAAAUGCCAGAUGCUCCAGAACCACAAAGAGGAAGAGGAAAGGGAAAGGGGAAGGGCAAAGGAAGGGGCAGUGAAGACUCGCGGAUGUGGAGGCCAUGCCCACUUUUACCUGGGGUACCAACUGUCCCUCCUUCACGUGUACGUCAGUCGUGGGAAUUGCAACAGCAACGCCCGAUUGAUAUCACCGCGGAGCAGGAGGAUGAGGAUGAUGACAUCGAAAGCUAUUUUCUUCCAGAUAUCACCGAGGAUGAGGAGAUGCGUCCUCCCCUCCUCGAGGAUGAGGAGGCCGUUCCUUCUGCAGGGACCCCACCUCAAGCGAAGAAACGCAAGAUCCAAUUUUCGCCCUCGAUGGGGAUCAUCCAGGCUACUGCAUUGCCUCAAAAUAUCGUGCCAGCAGAGAUAGAACUCCUGGGGUUUACACCUUCUUCUACCGGUACUCGAACAGCGCUUGGCUCUGGAAGAAGUAAUUACAGUAUGGAUAUCGAUAUAGAUAUGGAGCGUGACUUCAUAGAGCCUGGCGAAGGCAGCGAAGUAGAUGAAGGUGAUUCGGCGAAUAUGGUCGGUAUGAUCGAUAUUUCUUUGAAACCAAGACGAAACGAUGAUUUUCCGAUGGACUUAGACAGUAUUGCUGAACAUGAGGUAGUUGAGGUGAUACAGGAGCUGGACAAUGCUGCCGACGAAGUCCUUCGGAACGUGGUAGGACCGGAAACCGAUCUGCUUCAUUUUGACUGGCGAGGCGAGCCGGAAAAUUUUGAGUCUGUCAGGGAAGCACUGUGCCAUCUACUGGACCAACGUUUGAUAACGCCGAUUUAAUUCCCUUAGAUGUUUUUUUCAAGAUUUGGGAUGCAGAUAUUAUUGCUUACAUCGUGCGCGAAACCAACCGCUACGGUGCUCAGCUAAUAAGGUCGACCAUUCCAUCCAAGCCAAAUUCUAGAUUAAGCCGUUGGAAAGACGUCACCAGUGACGAAAUCCUACGGUUUUUAGCAGUUUUAAUGUUACAGUCACUAGUUAUAGAUUAUGUGGAGCGCGAAUAUUGGUAUGCCGUGAUUGAAGAACUCCAAAUAGGCAAUUUUAAAGAAAUAAUGACUUAUAACCGUUUCAUCGUCAUCAAACGUUGUCUUCAUUUUAUAGACAAUGCCACUUUGCCUGUGCCGCCUACCAAACUCGAUAAAAUCAUCCCCAUCAUAGAGCACCUAAACAAAAAAUUUAAGUCUUUAUACGUACUAGAACAAAAUAUAGCAAUUGACGAGUCACUCCUUCUUUGGAAGGGGCGCCUCUCAUUUGCGCAAAAAAUUGCUACAAAAAGAGCUCGAGUAGGUAUAAAGUCUUACGAGUUAUGUGAAUCCAGGACUGGAUAUUUAUGGCAGAUGGAGGUCUACACGGGCAAAGGGCACGCACAUGUGGUACAAGACGGGGAGCCGGAAGAGCGCGGGCAAGAGUCUGACGAGCCGGAGAGUGCCACGGCCCAGAUUGUGCUGAACUUAACGAGACCACUUUUUGAUAAAGGCCAUACAUUAAUAAUGGACAAUUUUUAUAAUGCGCCACUUUUGUCUCGGAUCCUAAAAGUUCAGCACAAGACUGAUUCGAUGGGUACUCUACGACUUAACAGAGAGUUUGUCCCCGAAGCUCUUAAAAAAAAAACAAAAAAAAACAUGAAGGAGGGCGAGGUGGCAUUCAGCACAACCAAAGACCUCAGUGUGGUUGUGUGGAUGGACAAAAAUAUUGUGGCAAUGAUUUCUUCUUUCCAUCCCAUAGAAGUCGGCGGCAUUGAAAAAUACGGUUAUUACCGGUACAAACCGCAAGUUGUUCUUGAUUAUAAUUUCUCAAUGGGCGGCAUCGACCACAAAGAUCAAAUGCUGUCUGCCUAUCCCAUUGAGAGAUCACGUAACAAUCUGGUACAAAAAAUUAUUUCGCCGACUUUUAAAUGUAUCGAUGCAUAAUGCUUUCGUGAUGUUCAACCACAACCGCACUCACGCCCUUCGUCACCGUGAAUUCCGCCUGCAGUUGGCAAAGCAACUGCUGCAAAGCAGCAGAUCAGCAGCACCUUCCCGGUCUUUAGCACCGGCAGCACGACCAGAACCAGCGGCAUGCAUACGGGACAUGCACUUGCCAGGAAAAAAUACAAAAAAACAGCGCUGCAAGCUCUGCUACUCUGCCAAAGUGCAGCGCUCGACGGUGUGGCGGUGUACCACCUGCAAUGUCAAUCUGUGUAUCGUAGGAUGCUACACCGUAUACCAUAUCAAUCUAGCGCAAACGCCCGCCGUUUAGUGCAAGUUGUUUUUUGUUUUUUUGUUUACUCCGGAUCCGACUACCUAGUCUACGUCAGAGUACGUAUCAAAAUAUAUAAAAUCAAUAUACAUAAGGUCGAAAUAAAUAAAGUCACAGUGCCGAAAUUCGAAAUACAUAAAUUAUCAAAAUAUAUAAGUUCCAGUAUCUGUUGUUCUGGUCAUCAUCAGACCCUGGAAACUUUUUACAGAGAAGUUGCUACAUCUCUGGAAGUAUUUAGAUGAAAAACGACUUCAAUAACUUGUUCCGUUCCUCAGUUCCAGUAUCUGUUGUUCUGGUCAUCAUCAUACCCUGCAAACUUUCCACAGAGAAGUUGCUAAACCUACGGAAGUAAUAAUUAACUUUAGGCAUUUUGGGAUGGGUGUCACAGAUAGUCAACAACAAACAAAACCGACCGACAAAACUCCGGAUCAAGAAAAAAUAAUGUUCCGGAUCACACUCGGUGUGUACCGAACCUUAAAUAUUGGUGUAGCCCGCUGAUUUUGUUGUUUACUCUUGAAUAUGUUUUUGUAAUACAGUACAAUACACAAGUGUGAUAUAUUUUUAGAAAGGGCUUGAAAUGUUCUAUUUGGUAUGAUUAUUCUUGUUUUUACAUUGUCUAUUUUUUAGAACAAAAAAUAUGUAAAACUACAAAGAUUUCACUGUGCGAAUGAGACCUGUAGCACUAAUUUUAACAUAUUUCAGUAAUGGCUAAUGCUAUCGAUUGGAUUUUUGUAUAUUUUGUAAGAAUGUAAGAUAGCCCAUAUUAUACUACUUAAAUUGUAGGCCUAAAUGUGAUAUUUGCGCAUCUGUGAUGAUAAAAGUUUGUCUAGAAUUACGGCUUGCGCCGCCAAAUUUUUAUGCAAAAUAAAAGAGCUGUAAAUAAAUAUUUUUGUAGGAA